UAUCCGGCUCGGGGCGACAUUUUACCCCCCUUUUUGCUCGAGUCAGUCGCAUUAACGGAAGAGAAGGGCCGUGAAGCCGGGAGACCCCCCCAGUCCAUGGGCAACCUACCCGCCUCCGUCAAGGAAUGUCUGAGCGCCGGCCUGGACGUAGACUGGACAGCAUUAGGACAGCAGAACAAUGUCGCCCCAGCCCUUCCCCAAUUUGUAAAAAUUGUAGAAGUUGGACCAAGAGAUGGCCUACAGAAUGAAAAGGUGAUUGUACCAACGGAAAUGAAAAUUAAAUUUAUCAACCUUCUGUCGGAGACGGGAUUACCGGUUAUUGAAGCCACCAGCUUUGUAUCUUCAAAAUGGGUGCCCCAGCUGGCAGAUCACACAGAAGUCAUGCAAGGAAUAAAGAAGUGUCCACAAGUAUCUUAUCCUGUAUUGACACCAAAUCUCCAUGGAUUUCAGGCUGCUAUGGAAGCCGGGGCAAAAGAAGUGGCGAUUUUUGGAGCGGCCUCUGAAACCUUCAGUAGGAAGAACACAAAUUGCUCCAUUGAAGAGAGCAUGCAGCGAUUUGAAGAGGUGAUCAGAGCCGCAAAACAAGGGAGCAUUCCUGUACGAGGGUAUGUGUCUUGUGCAAUAGGGUGCCCAUAUGAAGGAUCCAUUCCACCAGCCAAGGUUGCAGAGGUGGCACAAAGAAUGUACAACAUGGGUUGCUAUGAAAUCUCACUGGGAGACACAACAGGAAUUGGUACACCUGGGGACAUGAAGGAAAUGCUUCAAGCGGUGCUGAAGGAAAUUCCCAAAAAUGCACUGGCAGUUCAUUGCCAUGACACAUAUGGGCAAGCUCUGGCCAAUGUCUACGUAGCUCUGCAGAUGGGAAUCAGUGUGGUGGAUUGCUCUGUAGCUGGUCUUGGUGGCUGCCCUUACGCUGAAGGUGCCUCUGGCAAUGUCUCCACAGAAGAUGUGGUUUACAUGCUGACUGGUUUGGGGAUUCACACUGGAGUAGAUUUAUGCAAGUUAAUGGAAGCUGGUCACUUCAUCUGUGAAGCUCUCAACAGGAAGACCAACUCGAAAGUGGCUCAAGCUUGCUACAAGCCUUCACACUGACCUUUGAAAUGGACUGAAGAGAUUUUAAGUUGCAAGUACUUAAGCCAUAGUAUUGAAUGUUAAUAUUGAAUUCAAUAUUGCACUGGAAUCCUCCUAAUAAUGUAAUGUGCCAUGGUGCAAUACAUCAUAGCAUUGCAUUUUAUGUGUGAAUCCUCAAGUGAAACAUGGAUGACAGAACUAAUCGUAUUUGAUGCUAGCAUUUACAUUCUGCAAUAUAGCAUAGCAUAGCUAUGUCAAAAGUCAAAAGUGUUUCAUUGUCAUUCGGGCUGGAACAAUUAAAUUCUUACUGGUCAAGUGGUUUUGAGAACAGAGGAACAGGGGCAGAGUCAAACAGUUGACGUCUUUGGUUUUGCAGCUGAAAGGGCUCUGCUCACGAAGUUGGGUGGACCUCUGCCCGGUUACCUAUGAAAUUACAAUCCGAGCAUUUGGAUGCGAUACAGCCCAGUCUGAGAUCCAUCCCCACACUUAAAGUAGAGAUCAUUUAAUCACUCACUUGUGCGUGAAGCAGGCACAGAAUCCUGUUCAAAUUUAAUGUGGAUUAGUCCAGAUAUUGAAUGAAUGAACUAAAGUUAUACUGGGCAAAACACA